AAAUAAACCCAUGCACUGUUAUAAGUAGUUAAAAAUAUUUACAAAAAAAAAAUAAACCAAAGUGCGUUUUGAACGCCAACAUUUACUUGUGAUUUAGUAUUAGACAAAAAAAAUUAAGUAAAAAUCUAGCGGUAAUUUUAGUUUUGAAGUACUGUGAGCAAAAAAUAAAGACCGCAUAGCGUUAACAAAAAAAAAAACCGAACGUGCACAGUGUGCAGCAGAAUUUUGAUGUGGCCACUAAAAUUGUGAAAAAUGGAGCAAUUUGAGCAAUUACUGACCUGUUGUGUAUGCCUUGAUCGGUAUCGCAUACCAAAACUGUUACCAUGCCAACAUUCAUUCUGUAUGGAGCCAUGUAUGGAAGGCCUUGUGGAUUAUGUUCGACGACAAGUAAAAUGUCCUGAGUGCCGUGCAGAACAUCGCAUCCCAUACAAUGGAGUACAAGCAUUUCCAACGAAUGUCACAUUGCAGCGUUUCCUUGAGUUACACAUCGAGAUAACCGGUGAAUUGCCAGAUCCGACAUCAGGGCAAAUUAUGGAGCGCUGCAGUGUUUGUUCAGAGAAAUCGUAUCUCUCAUUUUGCGCGCAUUGCGAGAAGAAAAUUUGCGAAGACUGCAAGAGCGCCCAUAUGGACAUAUUGCGUCGUGAGAUAACCCGAUUCAAUUCACAAAUUCGCCGCAGUUUGCACCGCUUGCAAGACACACUUGCUAUUAUUGAGAAAAACACUACUAGCCUGCAAACCAAUUGCGUGGGAGUGAGCGAGGAGAUCGACGAGAUCUAUAGACGUAUAACGAAGGCAAUUAAAGAUCGCUCUGACCAGCUGAAGGGUGAAGUCGAUCGCUAUUUGACAGUCGAGAUGCGCAAUCUGACAACGCUCAAGGAAAAUCUUGACCAUGAGAUACAGAAUAUUAAUAGCAAUUGCGACAUUGUCGAUAAGUACAUGAACGAUACAGUCGAAUGGGAUGACUGCGAAUUGAUGGACACGAAAGAGAUAUUCCUCAAGACGGUUGAGUUCCUACGCCACUUCGAAUAUGAGAAUGCGGACUAUACACGUCGUGUGCGCUUUCUAGUGUCCAUUGACCCCAACCAGCUUGUAAUGAAUCUAGCCACCUUUGGUGACUUGAACAUAGCACCGCACUCACAACCCGCAGGUUCGUUGAGCAGUUCACAUUUGGCGCCACCAUCUGCCUUACAACCAGGCUUGAUGCGUUCGAAGAGCGAUCACCGCCUUGCUACGCAAUUCCGUCAACAAGAGGAUCGUGUCGGCUAUAAUGACGAACCGGUUUUGGGUGGUCGCAAAUUCGGCGAACGACCAGUGCGUGCCAACAACGAGCGAUAUGGUGAUGGCGGCAAUAGUCGCUAUGGUCGCGGUGCCGACUACGACUACGAGAAUGAAUUUGACAACGAACAGCCAACAUCCCGCACAGGAAAGUCCUCGCGCUUUCGUUCCCGUUUCGUGCGCUCUCAUCAGAAUGAGGACUCUGACAGUGAACAACAGCAAACACAACGUCAGCAAGAGUUGGAGAAGAAGAAGGAUCGCGUACUAACCGGCGAAGAUGUGUCACGGGGACAACUCAGUGGCAUUAUUCGCUUGAGUGAUUGUGCGCGUGUCAUACAACGUUUGGCGGAUAUUGGCAAGGAGAAAAAAGAGAAGAAGGUGGAUACUGCCGCACAGGCAGCUGUACAAGCGGCGAUUCAAGCACAAAAAGCGUCGAUGCAGCGUCCGAGGCAACAGGCGGCGGCCGCGCAACGACAAGUAUCCGAAGACGAUGAAAUUGGACGCAUUAAGCGCCAGAAUAAGAGCACACCAGGUGGUGCUGCAGCAGCAGUAGCGGCAGUUAAUACCGGCAGUACGGCUGUUCAGACCGCUGAAUCUGAGCGACCUCCUGCGGACCGUGUAGCCGCACUGAAGCGUACUGGAGUGGCACAAGGCACCAGCGAAGAGAGUGACAGCUCUAAUCAUGCUUCACCAGUGCGUAGGACGCCACCACCAAGGGCUGAGCCUAAGGCGCCAGUGUCAGCACAGGUAGCGGCCGUGAAGAAGACCACCCGUUCGGGCAGCAGCGAUUCGACAGCGUCAACAGAAAGUUCUACCAGCUCAGCUGCCGCUGCAGCACCGAGCAGUUCUCGUGUUCGCGAGAGCCCCGCACGUACGCGUGCCACAGCCGCAGCAGCAGCCGCCGCCACUAGCAGUGUGGCCAACGCCAACGCCGGCAGCAGCAACAGCAGCAGCAAAACUGCAACAACUGAGAAGAAACCCUUCGUUAGCCGUUUCCUGCCACAACAUAGCAGUGCAGCUGCUAGCAGCGAUAAAAAGAAGCCAGCAAGUGAAUCGAGUAGUGAGGAAGAAACCUCCACAGAAGAAUCCGAGGACGAAGUAGACAAUAAGUCGAAAACAACUGCAACAGCCGGCUCAAGCUAUGCCGCGAAGAGCUCAGCGGGCAGCAGUGCACUCUCAUCGGGAGGUGCAGGCAGCUCGAGUGGCGCUUCUUCUUAUCGCGAUCGCUUGGAAGCUAGACGCAAUUCGCGCGAUGACGCCUCUUCGCGUACCUCGUCGAGCUAUGCAACUCCGUCCAGCAGCGGCACCAGCGGUUAUGGUUCUUCUACGCGCCAACGACCCGUGCCAGCAUCACAUCACGCUCACGAAUCGGACGAUCGUUAUGGCAGUGGCAGUAGCAGUGCCGCCACAGGCAGCAGCUACACAAGCCGCUUUCUAAAUAAAAGCAAAAGCAGCGCAAUUGUAUCACAGCCAUCGCUCUCCACGCCCACCGCCUCCUUCGAUGAGGAUGCCAACGGCACUGGCGACGAUUCGGACUCACGCUAUGGCACCGGACGUUCGCGCUAUUUGGCAAUGAAGGAGCGACGCAGCCGCUUGGCGCGCAGUCGCUCGUCACAUGCGCUCGGCAAUGACGACGACGAUUUGGAUGAGCCCGUAUCGCCCACAACGGCAUCGCCAUCUGCUUACUUGGCUUCAAGAUAUUCUGGCUAUGGCGGUUCGGAUUUGGCUCGCAGCCGUUCUUCGCAUGCAUUGAAAUCGCGUGACAAUUCACCCAUGAACGAUCGCAGCACCGCAUCGACACGCAGCGCCAUCGUGAGCGCCGCCGGCUCUAGCACGUCCGCCGCAGCGGACAGCAAAGAUGGCGAGGCGUUAAGCUCUUGGGCGCGCUACUUAAAGAACAAAUAUGGCAACAAGACCGCCAAGGACACACCGUCGUCCAGUAGUGGUAGCGGCGUCUCAGCUUUGCCAUCAUCGUCACAUGGCCAUGGCGCUGGCGCUGGCGUUGGCAGCAGCAGUAGCAGUGCGAGCCGUAGUCACGCCAGCGACGUGUCGCGUCGCCUGAGUUUGGGGCUGCCGUUGCGGCAGGCAAACGAGCUGGGCUCAUCCGAUGAUGACGGUUCAAAAAACGGGCUAGGCUCCCCUACCUCCCCUACGGUAGCAGCAGCAGCAGCCGGUAUAACCGGAGUAGCAGGUACUUCCCUUAGGCAAUUGUACUUGCGCAAACGGCAGCAGCUGUUCCAAUUGGGGGGACGGGGGAGCGAGCCCGGAUCCUUUACAUGGCCACGCGGCGUAGCAGUCGGCCCGGACAAUAGCUUCGUUGUGGCAGAUUCGUCCAAUCAUCGUGUACAGGUGUUCGAUUCGAAUGGCAUCUUUGUUAAAUCAUUCGGCGAAUUUGGUGCACGCGAGGGCGAAUUCGAUUGCUUGGCCGGUGUGGCAAUUAAUCGCAUUGGACAAUACAUAAUAGCAGACAGAUAUAAUCAUCGCAUACAAGUACUCGAUCCACAAGGACGCUUUUUGCGCGCAUUUGGCUCACAAGGUACCACCGAUGGCAAAUUCAAUUAUCCCUGGGGCAUAGCAACCGAUUCAUUGGGUUUCAUUUAUGUUUGUGACAAAGAAAACCAUCGUGUGCAGGUGUUUCAAUCUGACGGCACCUUCGUUGGUAAAUUUGGAAAACUCGGUCCCUUGGAAGGAGAACUAGAACAUCCACACUACAUCGCUGUUUCGAAUACGAAUCGUGUUAUUGUAUCCGAUUCCAAUAAUCAUCGAAUUCAGAUUUUCGACGUCAAUGGAAAAGUUUUGAAAACAAUCGGUUCCGAGGGCUCUGAUGACGGACAACUAAAGUUCCCACGGGGCAUUGCUGUGGAUGAUCAAGGAUAUAUUGUUAUUGCCGAUGCUGGUAAUAAUCGGAUACAGAUUUUCAAUCCGGACGGCACAUUCUUGAAGGCUUUCGGUUCAUGGGGUUCUGGACGUUCAGAAUUCAAAGGACUCGAAGGUGUUGGUAUUAUGUCGAAUGGAAAUAUAUUGGUAUGCGACCGUGAGAAUCAUCGUGUACAAGUCUUCUAAAUAGCGACCAUGAACAAUCACUAGAAAAAUAAAUUUAAAAAUUCUAAUUACAAUUAUAUAAAUAUACACAUAUGUUUGCACACUCAAAAUAAUUAAAAUGAAUGUAAAUGCUUGAAAUAUUUAUUCAGUUUUAUAAAUGAAAUGCCAAUCGCAUCGCGGGAAAAUAGUUUGUGGUUUUGUCCUAUUUGUUUAUUAAUACGAAUAUGAAUUCAUAUCUAUGCGUAAUUAAACAGAAAAUUUGAUUUUUAUUAAUUUGUUAUCGAUAUUCAUUUGUAGUAGUUACAUAUAUGCAUCAAUUAAAAAUAGCGAAAUAGAAUAACAUUUUUUGGUUUCACGAACUUUCGCAUAAAGUUUACAGUCAAUGUCCAUAAAAAUCUAUUAACGCAUAGAAAUUUGUAGUUGGAACAUAAAAGCAUAAUAAAAUUGGAAAUUUUUUUGA